GCGGAAGUGACGUCAUUCCCGUAAGUGGGCAUAUGCUAUGGUGGGAAGUUGGUGUCUCGGAUUAUUUUUGCUGUAAGAAUAACGGUAACAUUCCACAUUGAUUUUUGGAACGCUUACAUUGGAAAUUCAGAGUUUUAUAAGUGGAAGAAUAAGAGGGAAUGAAGAGUAGCAGAAAUGAAUUCUGGAUCCAGCUGUGAAAGGAAGGAAGCUUACCAUACUCGUGAGAGAAGUGCCUCCCCAGAAGACAGGAAUAGGUACAUGGAGCGUAAGAGGUCUCCAUCACCCCAAAGCAAAGGCCAUUUGGAACAUAGAAGAUCUGACAGAGAAUAUUCGGGAAGGGGGCAUUAUGACGACAGAUAUCCAGAACCAAGAAGGAGAGAAAGACAGGAGAGAGAGAGAGAAUCCGAUUGGAAGAAGCACAGGAAAUCCCGCUCACCUGAUAGAAAAAAUGAUACGGAGAAAUCAGGAGUACAGGGCUCUCUUUUACGUGAGGAACCCCCUCAGAAGAAAAAGAAAGAGGAAGUGGAUCCAAUCCUUACCCGUACUGGAGGUGCAUAUAUUCCUCCAGCAAAGCUCAGGAUGAUGCAGGCACAAAUCACUGAUAAAAGCAGCUUAGCCUAUCAAAGAAUGAGCUGGGAAGCCCUGAAGAAAUCCAUCAAUGGUCUGAUCAACAAGGUGAACGUUUCAAACAUUGCCAACAUUAUCACUGAACUUCUUCAAGAAAACAUUGUGAGAGGCAGGGGAUUACUAGCAAGAUCAAUUUUGCAAGCCCAGAGCGCUUCCCCCAUCUUCACUCAUGUUUAUGCAGCAGUUGUAGCAAUUAUCAAUUCCAAAUUUCCAAAUAUUGGGGAACUGAUUCUCAAGAGACUCAUUUUAAAUUUUCGCAAAGGAUACAGAAGGAAUGAUAAGCAACAGUGCCUGACAGCUUCCAAGUUUGUUGCACAUCUUAUGAAUCAGAAUGUGGCUCACGAGGUUUUGUGCUUGGAAAUGCUCACGUUGCUCCUGGAAAGACCCACAGAUGACAGUAUUGAAGUCGCCAUUGGGUUUCUGAAGGACUGUGGCCUGAAGUUAACAGAAGUGUCGCCUAGAGGUAUUAACGCCAUCUUUGACCGCCUUCGCCACGUCCUUCAUGAAUCUGAGACUGACAAGCGCGUCCAAUACAUGAUUGAAGUCAUGUUUGCGGUGCGCAAAGAUGGAUUUAAAGAUCACCCAGUCAUUCAAGAAGGACUUGACCUUGUGGAGGAGGAGGAUCAGUUCACCCACAUGUUGCCUUUGGAAGACGAAUACAAUCCCGAUGACAUUCUCAAUGUCUUCAAAAUGGACCCUGAAUUUGUGGAAAACGAAGAGAAGUACAAAACUUUGAAAAAAGAAAUCCUGGAUGAAGGUGACAGUGACUCAGAAGCUGAUGAGGAUGCUGGUAGUAGUGAAGAAGAGGAUGAGGAUGAGGAAGAAAGAGGGGAGGAAGAGGAGGAUGAAGACGGACAAAAAGUUACCAUCCACGACAAAACGGAAAUUAACUUGGUUUCCUUCCGGCGAACUAUUUAUCUCGCAAUUCAGUCAAGUUUAGAUUUUGAGGAAUGUGCCCAUAAACUAUUGAAGAUGGAUUUUCCUGACAGUCAAACGAAAGAACUGUGCAACAUGAUUCUUGAUUGUUGUGCUCAGCAAAGAACAUACGAAAAAUUCUUUGGUUUACUAGCUGGGCGCUUCUGUAUGUUGAAAAAAGAAUACAUGGAGUCAUUUGAAGCAAUUUUCAAAGAGCAGUAUGAUACCAUACAUCGGUUGGAAACAAACAAGUUGAGGAACGUUGCCAAGAUGUUUGCUCAUCUUUUAUACACAGAUUCACUUCCAUGGAGUGUCCUUGAAUGCAUUUCUCUAAGUGAAGAAACAACAACAUCAUCCAGUAGGAUUUUUGUUAAAAUAUUCUUCCAGGAGCUUAGUGAAUAUAUGGGACUUCCUAAUCUUAAUGCAAGGUUGAAAGAUGAAACCCUGCUACCGUUCUUUGAAGGAUUAUUACCACGAGAUAAUCCAAGAAAUACUAGAUUUGCAAUCAAUUUCUUCACUUCAAUUGGCCUUGGAGGACUGACCGACGAACUACGGGAACACCUGAAAAAUGCACCCAAAAUAAUAAUGACGCAAAAGCAAGAUGUGGAGUCAUCUGAUUCAUCUUCAGAAUCGGGGACAUCUGAUUCGGAGGAUGAUUCCAGCAGCAGUGAGACCUCAGUAUCCUCUAGUGGGAGUGAAUCCACUUCCGGCAGUUCGGACAGCAGUGACUCAGAUAAGAAAAAGUCUCAAAAGAAGAAAAAUGCGGAUAAAGGUACCCAAAGAAAACAAGGGAAUAAGAAGAAGAAACUUGAAAAGGAAAAGGAAUGGAGGUGGCCCGAGAGGGAAAAUGGUGCUGCAAGAAACUCAGAGAGGAGUGCUGACAAAAGCUCCAGUAGAAAAGACGAAGCAUUUUAUGAGAGAGAUUAUUCCAGUGAUAGAAAUAAAUCCCGGAGUGGAAAGGAGAGGGACCGAGAAAAACAUGUCCCUCUAGACAGUAAAACCAGCCAUUCUAAAAAAAGAAAAGAAGGAAGACCUUCUUUUUCUGAUGAAGAGAGGGAUGAAGAGAGGGAUGAAGAGAGGGACAGGUACCAUAAGAGGGACAGCAAACUCCACAGAGAGAAGAAGGACAGAUCUAAGUCCAGAGAGAGGCCUCACCAUUAUCCCAGCCCCAGAGAGUUUGAGGAAAACAGCCAAUAUUCAAACCAGUUUAAAGAGAUAAGGAAAGACGAAAGCAGGAGAAGGCACAGAAAUGCUUCCCCAUCCAGGCACAAAUGAAUCAAGAAGAGUUUUCAAUACCGCCUUGCCAUUUGAACUGUCUUUUUACAACUUGCUACACAUUUUUUAAAGAGAAACCCUUUGUACAAAAAUACUUCCAGACAGUAAUGAUUCUUCGAAUCACUGUUAAUUGUUGGAGCUUUCCGCUAAACUGCUGCUUAAAAGACUUUGAAUCCAGGAGGAAUCAAAGCCCAGUAAAACAGUUAAACAUUGCUUUCACUGGCGUAAUGGUAUGCUGUAAAUAUUUAUUCUUUUAAUUUUUAUUUGUGUUUUCUGGAAAUGCUAAACAUUCCUUCCUUUUCAUUUUUGAAUUUUAGAUUUCAGCAUAUAUUAAAGUUUCAUUUCAGAAAUAACAUUCGUGGGGUUUUUUGUGUGAAUUCAGACUAAAAGGCAGUCUUUUAAAUUCAACAAUUAAAAAUAGAUCAGAGUUUGGAGAUGAAAGCUUUGCCAAUAUCUAUCAUGGUAUAUUGGUCACAUUCAAUGCCCUAUAUACUUGAGAUAAGCCCAUCUCUGAAUAAGCAUGAUCCUUGACUUUUUGACCCAAAUGACAUGAUAACAUGCCAUAUGUUGACAAGGCUGAUUAAUCAUAUACUCUAGAUUAGGGGUGUCAAACUCAAGGCCCACGGGCCAAAUCCGGUCUGCAGGGUGCUUAGAUCUGGCCCACAAGGCUGUCCUAGCCCUGAGCUCGGAAGCGGUGCAUUCUGUUUUCACUGGCAGAGCGCUUGGGCCACCACAGGUGCACUCGAUAUGAGUGAGCUGGCCAAGCCCACCCCAGCCCCUGAGAUCAAACACAACCUGAUGUGGCCCUCUGGCCAAGCCCAACACAAUGCUGAUGUGGCCCUCAAUGAAAUGGAGUUUGACACCCAUGCUCUAGAUGGAAAGCAGUUGUGAAUAAACAACAGCAAUAAGUUGAUAUUGUGGCUGUAAAUUUAGUAAAUACUAAAUUUACAAAAUUUUGUUGGAAAUUCUAAACAAGUCAUGCUUCUGUUUAAAUUUGAAAAUCUAAAGCUAAAGAAUAAAUAUGUUAAAAUUCCCCCUUUGUUAGCUGAAGUCAUUAUAAAAGCUGAAGUUGAAUAAAAACUCAUGAAGGAUGA